AUGGCUCCCACGACGGCGCGCCUCGAGCCGCUCGCCACAGCAGCAGCCGCCCCUGGAGCCGCCCGCCACUGCAGCAGCCGCCCCUGGAGCCGCCCGCCACUGCAGCGGCCGCCCCUUGAGCCGCCCGCCACUGCAGCAGCCGCCCCUGGAGUCGCCCGCCACAGCAGCAGCCGCCACUGGCGCCGCCCGCCACUGCAGCAGCCGCCCCUGGGGUCGCCCGCCACAGCAGCAGCCGCCCCUGGAGUCGCCCGCCACUGCAGCAGCCGCCCCUGGAGUCGCCCGCCACAGCAGCAGCCGCCACUGGAGCCGCCCGCCACUGCAGCAGCCGCCCCUGGAGUCGCCCGCCACAGCAGCAGCCGCCCCUGGAGCCGCCCGCCACUGCAGCAGCCUCCCCUGGAGUCGCCCGCCUCUGCAGCAGCCGCCUCUGGAGCAGCCGCCACUGGAGCCGCCGCCCCUGGUGCAGCCGCCCCUGGGCCCGCGACGCCGCCCCUGGAGCAGCCGCCCCUGCAGCAGCCGCCCCUGGCCCCUGGAGCAGUCGCCACUGCUGCAGCUGCCCCAGGAACCUCAUCUCACCCGCGCCCUUGUGCGCCCUACCCUACCUGCUCCGCGCUGUUGCUCUGCACGCGCGGUUGCCCGCGCCCUCGUGCGCUCUACCCUACCUGCUCCGCGCUGUUGCUCUGCACGCGCGGUUGCCCGCGCCCUCGUGCGCUCUACCCUACCUGCUCCGCGCUGUUGCUCUGCACGCGCGGUUGCCCGCGCCCUCGUGCGCUCUACCCUACCUGCUCCGCGCUGUUGCUCUGCACGCGCGGUUGCCCGCGCCCUCGUGCGCUCUACCCUACCUGCUCCGCGCUGUUGCUCUGCACGCGCGGUUGCCCGCGCCCUCGUGCGCUCUCCGCGCUGUUGCUCUGCACGCGCGGUUGCCCGCGUCCUCGUGCGCUCUACCCUACCUGCUCCGCGCUGUUGCUCUGCACGCGCGGUUGCCCGCGCCCUCGUGCGCUCUACCCUACCUGCUCCGCGCUGUUGCUCUGCACGCGCGGUUGCCCGCGCCCUCGUGCGCUCUACCCUACCUGCUCCGCGCUGUUGCUCUGCACGCGCGGUUGCCCGCGCCCUCGUGCGCUCUACCCUACCUGCUCCGCGCUGUUGCUCUGCACGCGCGGUUGCCCGCGCCCUCGUGCGCUCUACCCUACCUUCUCCGCGCUGUUGCUCUGCACGCGCGGUUGCCCGCGCCCUCGUGCGCUCUACCCUACCUGCUCCGCGCUGUUGCUCUGCACGCGCGCACAGAGAGUGCCGGAGGCCCCGCCGCCGGCAACCGUGCAAGCUCCUAGCGAGGGUGGCUCAGCGGAUUCGGCCAACACGGGAGCCGGAGCUGAUAGAGGGGACGAAAAACCCCCGCCACCCCCACAGACGGACGAGGAGGCUAGUUACGAGCUCAACGUGGUACAACCGUGGCGGGAGGCAAAGGCCGUGAGGGACGCUUGGCGCCUCUGGAACUCCGCCACCGCCAACGACACCCGUCGUCUUUGCUACAGGGUCAUGGAUGCGGUGCGCCAGCUACGCGCGAGCGACGGCGAUGCCGACACCGAGGCCGUGGUCAAUGCACUGCACAGGAUCGCGAAACCAGGCAUCGGGACCUUCUGCGAUGCCCUCACGGUGCUCAAACCGGGAACGGCACCGACGUACUCCGAAGAGCCUGGCAUGGGAGUCAAGGGGCUGGGCCCCACGGUGGUCUCGAAGCUACGCCUCGCCUGUGCGCUUGUGGCGCUCAACCUGAAGUCGAGUGAUUGGGUCGCUGCCCUGUUUCCAGACACCUGGGAGGAGCAGAUGGCGAAGACAAUGGCCGACCUGGCGAAGCCGACCUCACCGGCCAAGUCGACUGCACCAGCCAAGCCGACAGCACCGAUGCAUCGUCCUCCGACCAAGCGCAAGAAGUCGGCAUGA